AACGCUUCGUGACUUUGUGUGGCGGCUGGCUUUCUUUUCUCCCUUUCCGGCCGCGAACGCAACGCCUGUUGUCUUCCCUCUCUCGUCCAAUCACAGCGAGCGCUGCGCCAGCUGAUUGUUGACGUCACCUGGCCUAGCGAUUAUUUGGCUGCGGCGACGUUUGGUCUCCGCGUCGUCGCCAUUGAACAACGCAGUCUGGGACCAUGUAGAAAAACAAACAAACACAAAAACCACCAACAACAACGUUCAAAGUCGAGGCUGUUCACAGGCCCGGCCGACGGACGGGCUGUUUAUUUCGCGGAGCGGUGGACGUGUCGGUCGAGGUAAACAUGUGAGAGGACAAAAGGCGUUUUAAUACAUCGAUUCGGGGAUAUAUUUGAGCGAGGAGGAGGAGCAAGAAUCCCGUACAAGAAGAACAAGGAGGGCUUGUUGCGGUUCUCCCAACAACUCUUGAAGGAAACGGUGAUCCGCAAUGACGGACCAGAGGGAGAAAUGGGCCUGCGACUACUGCACCUACGAGAACUGGCCCUCUGCCGCCAAGUGCACGAUGUGCCGCGCUCACAGGUCCCGGGGUCCCAUCAUCACGGAGGACCCGUACAAGAGCGGACCCGACUCGGACCCGCCGAGCCGCCAGUGGGACCCCCUCGCCAGCGAGGGGGGCAGCGGCGGCCUCCUCAUCUGUCCUGACUCCAGCGCCAGGCCCCGCGUCCGCCCGGCCGGCGUGGCGGAGAUGGCCGCCAAGUGGUCGUGCCACAUGUGCACCUUCCUGAACUGGCCCCGAGCCGUCCGCUGCACGCAGUGUCUGUGCCGGCGCCCCAAAAGCGGAAGCGCCGCCGAAUCGCCGCACGUGUCCGGCUGCCGCCCGGCGCCGCCCCGCUGCCCCGUGGACCCGUGCGAGGAGUACAACGACCGCAACCGCCUCGACACCCACCGCCGCUACUGGAUGUGCUCGUCGUGCGCUUACCAGAACUCGCCCAAAACGCUCAAGUGCGUGGUGUGCGAGCGCCCGGAGGCCAUCGAGCUGGCCGCCCCGUCCGCCGAGCGGGACCGGGCGAGGCGGCGGGGCGACGCCAGCACCGGCCCGGGUCCUCUCGGCCAGCGGAGGUCGCCUCCUCUGGCCGAGAGGGAGGACAACGUCCAAACGGACUUCCAGAGGAUCGAGCCGGCGGCGGGAGGCGUGAGCGGCAAGGGCGAGCACGAGAUGGACUUCAAGAAGCUCAAGCAGAUACGAAACAGGAUGAGGAAAACGGACUGGUUGUUUCUCAGCGCUUGUGCCGGCGUGGUGGAAGGGGACCUGGCGACUGUAGAAGCCUACAAGUCGUCGGGCGGCGACAUCGCGCGGCAGCUGACCGCCGACGAGGUGCAGCUGCUCAACCGGGCGUCGGCGUUCGACGUGGGCUUCACGCUGGUGCACCUGGCCAUUCGCUUCCAGAGGCAGGACAUGCUCGCCGUCCUCCUCACCGAGGUGAAUCAGCAGGCGGCCAAGUGCAUCCCGUCCAUGGUGUGUCCCGAGCUGACGGAGCAGAUCCGCCGGGAGAUCGCCGCGUCGCUGCAUCAGCGCAAAGGCGACUUCGCCUGCUACUUCCUCAGCGAUCUGGUCACCUUCACGCUGCCCGCCGAUAUCGAAGACCUGCCUCCCUCCGUCCAGGAGAAACUGUUUGACGAGGUUUUAGAUCGGGAUGUGCAGAAAGAGCUGGAGGAAGACUCGCCGGUCAUCAACUGGUCCAUGGAGCUGGGCACGCGUCUGGACAGCCGCCUGUACGCGCUGUGGAACCGCACGGCCGGGGACUGCCUGCUGGACUCGGUGCUGCAGGCCACUUGGGGCAUCCACGACAAGGACUCGGUCUUGCGCAAGACGCUCCACGACAGCCUGCACGACUGCUCGCACUGGUUUUACACUCGGUGGAAGGAGUGGGAGUCAUGGUACUCGCAAAGCUUCGGUCUUCACUUCUCUCUGCGGGAAGAGCAGUGGCAGGAGGAUUGGGCCUUCAUCUUGUCUCUGGCCAGCCAGCCCGGGGCGAGCCUGGAGCAGACCCACAUUUUCGUGCUGGCGCACAUCCUCCGCAGGCCGAUCAUCGUCUACGGCGUGAAAUACUACAAAAGUUUCCGAGGAGAGACGUUAGGGUACACCAGAUUUCAAGGCGUGUACCUGCCGCUGCUGUGGGAGCAGAGCUUCUGCUGGAAGAGCCCGAUCGCGCUGGGCUACACGCGCGGCCACUUCUCGGCCCUGGUGGCCAUGGAGAACGACGGCUACGGCGACAAUCGCGGCGCGGGCGCCAACCUCGACACGGACGACGACGUCACCGUCACCUUCCUGCCGCUGGUGGACAGCGAGCGCAAGCUCCUGCACAUCCACUUCCUGUCUGCGCAAGAGACGGGCAACGAGGAGCAGCAGGAGAAGCUUCUGCGCUCGUGGCUGGAGUGCAGCGUGACGGACGGCGGCAUGCUGGCCGCCGUGCAGAAGAGCUCACGCCGCCGCCACCACCCGCUGGUCACGCAGAUGCUGGAGAAGUGGCUGGACACGUACCGGCAGAUGCGACCGCGCGCCGCGCUCUCCGACGGCGAGGACGACGACGACGACGACGAGUGAGCGAGCGAGCGAAGCGCACGAGAUGAGGAAAAUCCCACGCGGACCACUCGUCCCCGCCUUCCCGGAAUCUUGACGCGCGCGUGUGCUGCGGAGGGGCGAGGGGCACUUGUCCACAUCGGACUUACCAGUACUUAUUUAAUCAAGAAGGAAACCGCGCUAGUUUUUUGUUGUUUGCAACUCGCCUGACAGACAUUUAGCCGAGAACCCGUUUGAUCAUUCUUGAAGUUAUUUAUUCUUGAUUUUGUUUUGCACAGAUUAACAGCUGCAUCCUGUGAGGGAGGGGCCGAGGGAAGAAAGGGUGUGCGCAUCGGGGGCGGGGCAACAGUUGACUGACAUUUUUUACGUUUGGACGUGGAAGCUCAGAAGUGCUGACAGCGGGAAAAGACAAGCAAACACUUUCAACAGAGUGCAUUCAAGUGAUUAAAUUUGAUUCAGUUGCA